CGUAUAGGGCUAUCAAAAUGGAGCCUCUUCGCCAUUCAGAAGUCGUAAGAUUUCAGAAUGGAAGGACUAUGAUUGGAAAGUAUCUCGCUCUGGGUGAACACAAGCUUGACGCAACCCCUGGUCAAGCUUUAGAUUUGAAAGCCUUGGCCAAGACUCUUGAUGAGCGGUUCCCAUUCUUAGUAGGCAAAGAGAACGGCGCCCCAGGAAAUAUGUUCUCACAUGAAUCCUACCUGAAAUACCUCAAGCAAUAUCAGCUUAUGUUGGAUGAUGACAAUGCAGCUAAGAAGGGUUGGGCGUUUGAGGUACAAGCUGAAAAACUCGCUGAUCAUGACCAAACGGUGGCCGAGAUAUCCAAAUCCUUGAAAGAAAUGCAAGAACCAGGAAUCAAAGAAUCUUUCCAAAAACAAUCGGAUCAAAUUAUUACAAGGAUCUCCAAAGCCACGGGAGGCAAAAUCAAAAAUGCGGAUCUUGAAAGAUAUUUCUCAAAUAUAUUCAAAGUUGGAGAUUCCGAACGUCUGACCAACCUGGAGAAACUUGCUAGCGCCCGAGAAGUUCAGUUGGGGAAAAAACUCCCUACGGAUCCGAGAGUCAUGGCCCUAGAACAUGUAUUUCAAAAUCUACCUGCCAAUCUGGACCUGAAAGAGGUGAUAUUCCGUUAUGCCAUGAUUGAAGGAUUUGAAAACAUGAUGAAAGAUAUGCAUCUACUUCCAGAAUUAGAAAAAAGCCUUCAGGCCCAGGCCCAAACUAGAAUUGCAACUGUUCUCAAAAGCUCUUCACCAAAUUCCAAAGGUGAAUCCCUGUUUAAAAUUGCCGCUAGGGGAGAUCAAGAAUGGCUUGAAAAUGCUUUUAUGAAAUUCUAUGGAAUUACUACCAGCCCAAAGGAAGUGUUUUACAGGUUGCAGAAAUUGCCUCGAUUAGAAGAGAAAAUAAAUUACGCCAUCAAUAGAAAUUUUGAAUCACUAAAAUUUAUUAAGAACGAUGAAUUGGAACUCCUUCGACAAACAACUAGUCGUGAAAGCUUCAAUCAACAAAUGAGAUUAAUUGAAAUGAACAUCAAUAAACCGGAAAAUCCUGAAAGGGUUGCAAACUUACAAGCAUUGAAAAACCUUAGAAAAGAAUCUGUCAAAUCAUACAAGUUCAACAUCCCAUUUUUCCAGGAACUUAAGGAUAAAGGGAUUAUUAAUGAAGAAUGGGUUGUUUCAGCUAAAGGAAAUUUGAAACUGGACUGGAGAUGCAUCUUGAUAAGCUACCAGAAACAGCAAAAGAACAAAUAUUGA